AUGCAUUUGGCAACUCCCGUCACCCCUCCAGCUACCGAUGAGCUUGAUACACAACAGUUCCAGAAGCUGGCAACUGACCCAACCACCCCUCCAAAAGAUCAUUUCUUUCAACCAAAAACAACAUCAGAAUCCCCAUUUGCGAACUCAGAUCCCAGUCACCUCUCCAAAGCCCAGCAAAUUCUCGACAUUAUUCACAGAUACAAACCAGCCACCCGACCUGGCAGCUAUGACCCCACCGUCGAUGGGGUCAAGUUCCUCUCGCAAAUAUGCGCCACGCUCGCCGCCAACCAGCACAUAUCAAUGUGCCUACCCGCCUUUCCAUUCAAGUCACCCAACCGCCGGGCCAAAGUCUUGGGGACCCUGCCCGACAUGGCCGAGGCAUUUGCUCUCGCCAACCUGAACGGCAUGUGCGCCGCCAUCAAGGACGUUUACACACCCGGCGCCACACUCUGUAUCAUCUCGGACGGACUUGUGUACAACGACCUGCUAGGUGUGCCGGACCGCGAUGUCUGGAACUAUGGAGAGGCCCUACGCAACAUGUCGGCCGCCGCUGGCCUCCACCACAUCGAGUUCUCGCGGCUCCAGGAUUUGAUGCCACACAACGUCAACCUGCCCGCCCAUGUCGACGAGAAAGCGUACGUCGACAACGCAGCCGCCAUCCGCUCGGCGUUUCUCGAUGCAUACAAUGAUGACUUGUACGACGCGAACCUCGGAAUAUCCCAGAGCGAUGAUACUUGCAUGACGUACAGAGGCUACAUUCGCUUCCUGCAGACCGACCUCGAACAUGUCCUGCCGUUGUCCGACACUCGUUCCAAAUCACAAUACAAGAAGGAGAUCGAGCAGACGGCCAAGAAGAUGUUACAUCGAGGCGACGCCUUUGCCCGCGCAAUCAAGACAAAGUUUGGCGGAGAUUGCAUCCGGCUCAGCAUCCACCCCAGCACGGGCAGCACCAAGAUCCCCGUCAGCCCGCUGCCGACUGACGGCAUCUACACGACGCCAUGGCACUGCACCAUUGCUUUUAGACUAGAUGGCACAGUCUCAACGGCACCGAGAAGCACGUUUGAAGGCGACGCGACACUGGAGUUGGUACAAGACGCGCAAGGGGUGCCGAGUUACUUUCGCGAGAAGACAGACCUGCUGUCCUGGGGUGGCAACAAGGGCGGCAUCGUCGCAGAGCCCAUCUACCCGUCUGGUUGGCUGAUUCGCCCGGCCACACCUGGAGCCAUGGAAAUGUCCGAUAUCGACACGGCCAAGGUGCGGGCGCUGAGCGAGCUAAACUCACCCGUCGUUCUGCGCGGGUUCAGCGGGACCCAGUCGCGUGAUGCCCUCAUUGCCAAGGCCCAUGAGUUCGGCAAUCCUCUGCCGUGGAAGUUUGGAUUGGUGCUGGAAGUCAAAGACCGGGGCGCGGACGCGCGGGGCCUCAACAACGUGCUGUCGGCCGAGAGGAUGCCAUUUCACUUUGACGGACUGUUCAAAACGGAGAAGCAAUACAGCCAGGAGACAGGAGAGGAAGAGCUUGUGCCUGUUCCGCCCCAUUUUCAACUCUUUGCAGCCGUGACGCCGUCGCCGCCCGACACUGGCUACACCGUCUUCUCAACAUCUCGGCUGAUAUUUCGCCAUCUAGCAGACAAGGGCCUGUCAGUUGAGCAGAUGAGCGGCAUGCGAUGGUCAGCCAGGACAUCAGCGUUUGACGCCUCAGUGAUUAGAAAUCUGCAACUUGUCGUCGACCAUCCGAGCAGUGGCAGGCCCUGCCUACGAUACCACGAACCAUGGCCGAGCAGCAGGACUGUUUUCGACCAGACGAUCAUAGAGCUUCAAGGAGGAGACAUUUCGACGGGGAGCAGUAGUGAGAUAUGUGCCAAGAUCGAUAGCGUCUUGCACGAUCGACGGGUUGCCUACUAUCACUCGUGGGAAGAGGGUGAUCUACUUGUCAGCGACAACAUUUUGAACAUGCACACAAGGAGCGAGUUUGUUGCGGGCUGUGACAGAGAACUUUGGAGAAUUCAUUUUGAUUAA